GUGGCCGGAAUGAAACCAUAAUAACAUUGUAAUAUUACGACAAUAAAUAACUGUUUUAAAUUUACUCAACCUAGGAUAAAUAAUGAACUUUAUAUAUUUAUUAAAAAUUCAUAAUUUUGAGAUGAUUUAACCUCAGAAAGAGGAUUGUUAUGACAAUAACGCAAUGUGAUAUAAUACCAAACAAGUUAUUGGUUUUAAAUGACUUUUGGCGUCAUGGCGUCGGAAUCAUCGCGGCGUUCAAGAUCCGUUUCCAUGGAAACCGGCGGUCUACCAUUGGUUUCGACGUUUGCUCUGCUCACUAUUGUCGCAGGUCAGCUUCAAGGAUCUGGCUACAGUGAGCAAGAGCCCGAGUUUCUGUCACCACUAGAGAAUCUGACAGUGGCACAAGGCAGAGAUGUACACUUUACGUGCACUGUCAACCAUCUUGGCACUUAUAAGCGUGCGCGGACGCGGCGACGUCGCGCAGCCUACUGGUUAGCGUUGGCGCCUGCAUCGCUGUUGAUGGUUGCGCUGCGGCGAGUCCAACGCGCCAUCUGCCGGAUACCACGCGCGUUUGCUGCCAUCUCCGGCGGCGGUGCGUGUGACGAUGUUGAGGCGCACGGUACGUUCACCAGUGGCGCGGGUAGUGGGUUCACACUGACACGCGGUGGGUACAGCUAG